UCAACCCAAGGAAAUAUUCUUCUUCAACACCACUAUACUUUAGAGACCAUAGUAUCCUUUAGAGACCAUCUGUUUUCACUGAGUUUUUGAAUGAAAGUGAGAACGCCUUCCUGAAGGCUCUAUAUUCCGCGUCUUGUGGAUAUUUCUCACCUCACAACGUCUUUUCCACAGGUUAUUUUUGGGUGGCAAGGACUCAGAAUUGAUGAUUCUUUACACAUUAUCAACAACAAUACCGCACCUGGGAAUCAGUGUUUUUUCAAACUAAGCUAUGAUCCUACGGACUGGAAUGCCUUAUGUGUAUUCUCUGUGUUUCACGAGAACACCCAAUUGCGCUUUGGUCAGAAAGAAAUCGAUAUUGCUGCUUGGAUUGUGUGUUUGACCAACAUUCAUAUAUGGAAGAAAUAAAGAAGUGAAGAAAUCUAAAAUCAAAAGGAAUGAAUCGCCCCUUUCUCAACGUCUUGACUGCUUUAUGUGCAUGUUUAAUGGAGACCAACAACAGCAGGGUGGUGGAUGCCAAGGAGCAUGAGUCCAGAUCAGGCUCUACUACUAACUUGUCUCCCUCAGACUUUCUGGACUCAUUAAUGGGUAGAACAUCUGGUUAUGAUGCACGAAUACGACCAAACUUCAAAGGACCCCCAGUUAAUGUUACCUGCAACAUAUUUAUCAACAGCUUUGGUUCUAUAGCAGAAACUACAAUGGAUUACAGAGUGAACAUCUUCCUGCGACAGAAGUGGAGAGACCCUCGGUUGGCAUACAGCAAAUACCCAGACUCCUCUCUUGACCUGGACCCGUCAAUGUUGGAUUCUAUUUGGAAACCUGAUCUGUUCUUCGCCAACGAGAAAGGCGCCAACUUUCAUGAUGUCACCACAGACAACAAGCUCCUGAGGGUCUUCAAAGAUGGGACCGUCCUGUACAGUAUCAGGUUGACUCUCAUUCUAUCUUGUCCGAUGGAUCUGAAGAACUUUCCCAUGGACAUGCAGAUCUGUACCAUGCAACUGGAGAGCUUUGGCUACACCAUGAAUGAUUUGAUCUUUGAGUGGGAGAGCAAGGACAAAAAUCCUGUACAGGUGGCCGCUGGGUUGACCCUCCCCCAGUUCAUCAUGAGAGAUGAGAAGGAGCUUGGCUACUGUACCAAAAGCUACAACACUGGUAAAUUCACCUGCAUUGAGGUGAAGUUCCACUUGGAGAGACAGAUGGGUUACUACCUGAUCCAGAUGUACAUCCCCAGCCUCCUCAUUGUCAUCCUCUCCUGGGUCUCCUUCUGGAUAAACAUGGACGCCGCGCCCGCCAGGGUGGCACUGGGCAUCACCACCGUGCUCACCAUGACUACCCAGAGCUCUGGCUCCCGAGCCUCCCUUCCUAAGGUCUCGUAUGUGAAGGCCAUUGAUAUCUGGAUGGCCGUGUGUCUUCUGUUUGUAUUUGCUGCCCUACUGGAAUACGCUGGGGUUAACUUUGUCUCCAGGCAACAGAAGGAGUUCCUUCGCUUGAGGCGAAGACAGAGGCGGACUCACAGGGAUGACGACAUGAGGGAUGGUUUCAAUUACUCGGGUUACGGCAUGACUCAUUGUCUGAAGGACGGGUCGGCUGUUAAAAACGCUGUCCCAAACCCCGGCCCAGCACCACCUACCUCUAAAGAAAAAGAGGUGAUAAGGAAGAGGUUUGUGGACAGGGCCAAGAGGAUUGACACUGUGUCCCGAGCAGCCUUCCCUAUGGCCUUCCUCCUCUUCAACAUCUUCUAUUGGAUAACAUACAAGGUCAUCAGGCAUGAGGACAUUGGCAUGCAGUCAGGGUAGUCGCUCUGCCCUGCAGGUUUUACCUAUGGAACUCUCAGCUCUCUCUCUUUCUCAAUCAUUUCUCUCAAUGAGAAAUGCUAGGACAGCACAGUGAGACUAAUGUAUCUGAUGGGACUAUACAUGGAGGAGAGGCACAGGGAGGUUGAUGGUGUUGGUGUUCUUUCAGGGAAAAUAUAUAGGUGUUCAUGCAAAAUCUAAAAGACUAAUGCACAUGUUUAGGAUUAACAAUUGAACAAUUGGUGAGUAACAUAUGUAUGUUUUCGAUGUGUUCCUGUGAGCUGACGCAUCCUGGAGAUUCUAAUGGGUUUUUACUCAAGGCACAGAACAAUGAUGUAAAAAGGUGGACCAAAUUUUAUGAGACAAUUCUGACUUUGCAUUUGUACAACCUUGCAAUGGAGCAACAUUCCAUGGAUUUGUAUGUGCAGUAGUCUGGGCCUUAUAGUUAAGGUGUGGUGAAAAAAAAUUGAAUAAAAAGGUUGAUUAGAGCAGUUUUAUACAAUUGUACUGCAGUUCCUCACUGUGUCUACAAGCAGUAAUUAUUGUGUUUAAUAGGCAGCGAACACAAUACACACACACACACACACACACACACACCAUAUAAGGCCUACAUCUGUUUAUAUUACAGAUGCAUUUUCCAGGUCGAUUUGGUUUUACAGUUGGAGUGUAAGUUUUGUAAAUUGAACUGUAAUGAAAUGUUUAUUGUAAUGAAGGCAGAUUACAUGUUUCUAAAACAGAGAUUUCUACUUCUAAAGAUUCCUCUGAGGACUGUUGAAUGCAUCCCCUCACUUCCACACUGCAGUGCCCUCUUUGGGCAGUACGUAUUACAGUUGACAUUGUAUACUAUACAGUAUUGCAACUAUGAAGUAGAUCUUUAUAACUAGGGCCCUGUGUUUUGGUAAAUCAUGUCACAUGGACAUUUCCUGGUUGCAAAAUUAUAAAUUGUUUGCCUAAUUUCCUAUUAAGUGACAAACAAGCAAGUAUAGUGUUGAGAAUCAUUGUACCAUCUAAACUGCUUUGAAAUAUAUUUUCCAUAACUAAAAAUAUUGUAUUUUCAGCUGUUUGAAGCCGAAAGUAAAAGACAAAAAAAAAAUCAACUUUAAAACUGGAAGCAUAGAAAUAGUGUACAUAGACCAUAUCUACCGCUUCUUAGACUUCCUUUCAAUGAAAAUGACAGAUGUAUAACUCACAUUUCUAUGUGAAGUUUGUCAGGUCGCCCCAAAACAUAUUGCAUCUUUAAAAUAAAAUAUAAAAAUCUAGGUCAUGUGACAUUAUAGCCAAAAACACAGAGCCCUUCUCAUAACACAUAAUAGUAUAGAGCAGUUAUUGGUCCUUGCACUUCUGACAUAAUAUGAGGAAAGUUUUUUCUUGAAUGGUGUUUGUGAAAAAGGUUGUUUGCUAAAAUGUACAUCAAUAAAGUUGAGUGUGCACCACACAUAUGC